UCAAAUUAUCCCAAAACACCGAACUUUAUCCUCUCGUUGUUCGGUCUCCUUCCCUCCGAAGGUGGAGGUGGCUCUUACCAAAAAUAAUGACAACAGCUUUCUUCCGUCCAUCCUCUCUCACUCGCCCCGCGGCUUCUCCCUUUCCCCAAAUCAGGGAAAGAAGAGGGGUUCGGUUUCGGAAAUACCGCAGUCCUAUCUUUUUUGCCGCUUUAUUGCCCAUAUGCAAAGCUGGUCCUUUGAGACGCGAUGUAGUUUUGCUCGGCUGUUGUUCGGCUAUGAAUAUCAUCUUUUCUUCUGCUGUUUUGCAUGCUGCCAUUGAAGUGGAUGAAGAUGUCAAAAUGGCUUUAGUUGUUGAUGACAUAAAUGCAUACUCCUUUCUAUAUCCUGCUGAAGUACCUGCAAAGAAGUUCUCCUUCAGAUGGGUGGAAUCAAGGAAACCAGAGCGAUAUUCAUCUGCUGCUCCUUUAUCACCUGAUGCACGGCAACGCAUUGUAUCUGAGCGUGUUGACAUGAUUAAUAACCUUGUCAUCUCUGUUUCGAUUGGUCCUCCUAAUUUGCGCUAUCUGACUUCAAUUGACAAGAGUUCAUGGAAAGCAAGGGAUGUAGCAGAUUCCGUUUUAUCUGACAAAUCUGCAUUGCCUGUCUCAACAGGCCAGAGAAUGACCGAGAGUUCUGUCCUUGACGCCCAUGCUAGUGAGGUGGAUGGAGAUGUGUACUGGUACUAUGAGUAUCUGGUUCGGAAAUCUCCUACAAAAUCAGCGCCAGAUUCCAAUCUCUACAGACACAGUGUGGCUUCAACUGCUGAACGAGAUGGAUACUUGUACUCGUUGAAUGCUUCUACGCUCAGCAAGAAGUGGGAAUCUUUGGGACCUUUCCUGAAGGAAGCAGUUGCUUCUUUUCGUCUACUUCCACCCACUGAGAGCUAUGUACCACCGUACAAAGAUCCUUGGAGAUUUUGGUGACUCUAAUUUGAUUUUUUUUUUUCCCUUAAAACUUUGCAACAUUAUUAUUAUUAUUAUUUUUUGAAAUUUCAAGUACAAAUAUGACAAUAAACUUGGAACAUUGAAUGCAUUAUGUGACUGUCGUUUAUUGCUUUCAUGAAUGUAGAUUGAUUUCUUCUCAAA